CGUUUAUAAAAGCCCGAUGAGUUAGAAAUCGUAGCUCUUUCAUUGUGUAUGUAACUUACUUUUCUGUUCAUCCGAGGCUUGGGUCAUGUAUUGUUCGAUAGUUGCUGCCUUUUCUUUCUUUCUAAUAAAUGGGAAUUAGGUGAUCUUUUCCCCCAUUUUAUUUGUCUAUUUUUAAUUUUUAUAUAUACGAGGAUAGUGUGGGCUGGUAUACGCUCACCAUUUCUGUUGACUAAACUCAGUUUUAUAUGCCUGUCUACUGUGGAGACUGAUGGUCUGCCUCUAUCUUGUUUCGACCUCGCGAAUGAGUCGUGGAAAUAAAAUUUAUUUUCUUUAUUUUUUUUAUCACUUGCUUCUCUCUUCUUUCUUGCGGGGGCGGGUGUAUUGCGGUCCCAUACGAUUUUGCCUCAGAGCCAAGAACAAGAAGACAAGAUCUUGUCUUGGUAAACGCCGGCUUUAAAUGUUAGUGGUAGGAUCUUGCAGAGCCUCCUUCCUACCUUACGUGGCAGAGAACGUUCAGGUCUGUUGUAUUUACAGUCAUCCGUCUUCAAGGAAUUCAUGGAUUGUAGAUAUUCUGAUUUUUGUUAGAAAAAUUAAAUCAACUUUGUUAAAUUGGGGCUUUCAGUAGCUUUGGGAUUGCAGUGGUUUGAAUAAUACUGGAUUUUGACAUUCAGAAGAAAUCUGAUGGGAUCUUGUUUCUCCUUUGGUGGACUCUAAGGACUACUUUGUCAGACCAGUCGGAUGACAAGCAUUUUUGGAUUUUCGACUUGACUGUGAACUCUAUUGACAGUUGUGCUCUCCUCCCCCGCCCCUUAAUCCAAACUCUGGUAAAAAUAAAUAAUCCAUAUUCUGUUAGUUAACAGAUAAUUGCCCAUUUUCUUCCAUUGUAUCUUUACCGUUUUGAAAGUCAUUGGUGCCGAUGGCCUUCUAAAUGCAUCUUUUGUUAACUAAGAUACAGCUAAAGUACUCAGGAUCUUACAAUUCCCUAUCAGUUAUUCCAAGUUUUAAAUCCAAGAUCAAGUGCUCCUUUACAACCAGUAGAUUGGUCAUCUGAUACUUUUUCUCAACAGUCGAGAUUUACUUGGUGAACUGCACCCAGGAAAUGGACAUGUGACCCUGCUCUUGUUGUUCGACACCAUCUCAAGUGAUCUUAGGGCAAAUCUAUCUAGCACGAACAGUAUAGGGCCUAUUGAUUAAGUGGCUUUGAAUAUUCUUGGAGAAUCAGAUGGACGCUUACAAGGUUCUAAUUUCAAAAGAUCAACCGAAACACCAUCCCUUAACUCUCUUUAGGUUAUUAAGGGGUGUUGUUUGUUUAGUUGUGCUACUUUCAACAGCAUUUAUGAUGCUAGUGUACUGUGGCCCUGUCAGUGCUGUUAUUUUGCGACUUUUCAGCAUACACUAUAGCAGGAAAGCAACAUCCUUCUUUUUUGGUGCUUGGUUGGCUUUAUGGCCUUUUCUUUUUGAGAAGAUAAACAAGACUAAAGUUGUUUUUUCUGGAGAAUCUGUUCCUAAAGAAGAACGUGUUUUGCUCAUUGCUAACCAUAGAACUGAGGUUGACUGGAUGUAUCUGUGGGACCUUGCAUUGCGGAAGGGAUGCCUGGGAUAUAUUAAGUAUGUUCUCAAGAGCAGUCUGAUGAAGUUACCAGUCUUUGGUUGGGGAUUUCACAUUAUGGAGUUUAUUUCAGUAGAGAGGAAAUGGGAACUUGAUGAAUCAUCUAUGCGUCAAAUGCUUUCAACUUUUACUGAUCCUCAAGAUCCCCUCUGGCUUGCUGUUUUUCCUGAGGGCACUGAUUAUACAGAAGAGAAAUGCAUACGUAGUCAAAAGUUUGCAGCUGAGAAUGGUUUACCUAUCCUGAAAAAUGUUCUUCUUCCAAAAACAAGGGGUUUCUGUGCUUGCUUGGAAGCUCUGAGGGGUUCCCUGGAUGCAGUUUAUGACAUCACUAUUGGGUACAAGUAUCGGUGUCCUUUCUUUAUGGACAAUGUUUUUGGUGUGGAUCCUUCUGAGGUUCACAUUCAUGUUCGACGUAUCCCUCUCAGUGAGAUUCCAACAUCUGAAGAUGGGGCUACUGCUUGGUUGAUGGAUAACUUUCAACUGAAGGAUCAGUUGCUCUCUGAUUUUAGUGCUCAAGGUUAUUUUCCUCAUCAAGGAACAGAAGGAGAUCUCUCUACAUUGAAGUGCCUAAAAAAUUUUAUCUUGGUAAUUGCACUGACCAGCAUCUGUAUGUUUGUCACAUUUUUUUCAUCCAUCUGGUUUAAAAUAUAUGUAGCUCUAAGCUGUGCUUAUCUUGCAUCUGCUACCAAUAUGAACAUCCGACCAUUACCAGUUCUAGGCUCCAAGGGAUCCAUGUUCUAUUGCAAGAAAUCCAGUUAGUAAAAGAGCAUGUCAUUGGGCUCCAAUAUUUCCAAUCUAAGUACAACCGUUCACAAAGAUGUAAUUGACUGUGGAAUUUAUAUACUUCCUAUUGUUAGAAGGGUUUAUAAAAUAUCUUUCAGUACUCUCAUUUUCCAGUUAAUAGCCCAUUGGAAAGCUUUGCUUA